GUCAUCGUCCCACAGCCAAUGGUGGAGAGGGUUGGAGUUGCCUCCCGUUCCGCCGGACCCUCCUCGCGCUGUCCUCGACGUGCACGCGCGUGGUGGUACCCAACGCUCGCGAAGAGGAGGAGGAGGAGGAGGAUGUGGCGCGCGGAGGGGAAAUGGCUGCCGAAAACAAGCCGGAAGGACUGAAGAAAAUUCGUAACCCGGAUCGAAUGUACAGAUCAGCUGUGUGUUAUUCCGGCCAUGCUGCUCCUAAGGGUGUCAGUGAUGACACAGAGAUGAACAAUGAACAUGGACAUUUGAAAAUAUACCUGCCCAAAAAGCUGCUUGAAUGUCUACCAAAAUGCUCCUCAUUGCCAAAAGAGAGACACCGGUGGAACACGAAUGAGGAAAUUGCAGCUUACUUGAUAACCUUUGAGAAGCAUGAUGAAUGGUUAACAACAUCCCCUAAAACAAGGCCACAGAAUGGGUCGAUGAUACUGUACAACCGUAAAAAGGUGAAGUACAGGAAGGACGGCUACUGCUGGAAGAAGAGGAAAGAUGGCAAGACUACGCGAGAGGAUCACAUGAAGCUGAAAGUGCAGGGCGUCGAGUGUCUCUACGGCUGUUACGUGCACUCCUCCAUCAUCCCCACCUUCCACCGCAGGUGCUACUGGUUGCUGCAGAAUCCAGACAUCGUCUUGGUGCACUACUUAAACGUGCCGGCCAUAGAGGACUGUGGAAAACCGUGUGGGCCUAUCCUGUGCUCCAUCAACACAGACAAGAAGGAAUGGGCCAAAUGGACCAAGGAGGAGCUUGUCGGGCAGCUCAAACCUAUGUUUCAUGGCAUCAAGUGGACUUGCAGCAAUGGGAACAGCAGCUCUGGUUUCUCAGUGGAGCAGCUGGUGCAGCAGAUACUGGACAGCCAUCAGACCAAGCCUCCACCUCGGACUCACAACUGCCUCUGCACAGGCACGCUUGGUGCUGGGAGCAGCGUGCACCACAAGUGUAACAGUGCUAAACACCGUAUCAUCUCUCCUAAAGUGGACCCUCGCACUGGGACCUACAGCAGCGGUCACUCCGAGCUGCAAAACAGUGAUGUGUCAGAAGGCAAAACAGAACACAGCCAUGCCGGGGGAAAAGCAGGCACAGGGGCCACAGGAGGGGGCACAUCACGGGAAAAACGCAAUGGAAAAGUGCAUAAGCCUGUACUACUGCAGCAGAAUAGCACUGAGGUCUCAUCUACCAACCAGGUGGAAGUUCCAGAUACAACCCAGAGCUCACCUGUGUCCAUUAGCAGUGGCCUAAACUCAGACCCCGAUAUGGCCGACAGUCCCGCUGUUACAGGGAUGAGUCACGUGGCCUCAGUAAUGAGCAGCCUAUCUCAGAGCGUCUUCAUGUCAGAGGUACCAGGCGAUCCGGUCUACAGCAUGUCGCCCACAGGAGGUGCUAAUGCUCACCUCAUGGGCCCUGACGCCACAUCUCAUGGACUGGUGCUUGCUGUAGCCUCUGACAGUCAUAAGUUUGCCUUUCCAGGCAGUGGGGGCACAGAGGCAGGCACACCAGGAGCCGCAGACGGACUCGCCAUGCUCUCUGCAGCUGGAGUCUCUGAGGAGCUCGUCCUCUCAAGCAGCCUGGAUUCGAGCAACAUCAAGCUACCAGAGACCGCCAUGAACUUUGACCCAGACUGCUUCUUGAAUAACCCGAAGCAGGGCCAAACUUAUGGGGGUAGUGGGCUGAAGCAAGAGAAUGGCUCUUCAGGUACCUCCUCCUCCGUGGCCAGCACCAACGGCCUGCAGCACUCUCCACAAAUGUCCAACUCCAACUUCAGCUUCAAUGCAGAGAUCAUCAAGAACAUCAAGACUGAGGACACCUCCUUUGAACAGCAACUGGCCAAGGAAAGCGGCUACCAGAUGGGGACAGUAGUAAGCUGUAGUGUAGCCAAUGGUUCAGGCUCCCAGAACUCGCUAACAUUAACCCCAGCAGGCUCACUACUGCCUUCUGGAGGAGGACUGAGUCCCAGCACCACCCUGGAACAAAUGGAUUUCAGUGCCAUUGAUGCAAAACCUGACUUCUCCUCCAGUACAUCAGUGGGUUAUGACCAGGCAAUGACCAACACUCAUCUGGCCCAUCAAAGCCACUCACCCAGUUUCUUCCUUCAAGACACACCACAGUCAGCCCAAAACCUGCAAGGCAGGCAAAAUUCAGGCCAGAAGAGCCAUUUGCUGGAGCACAACUCCCAUGACAGGGCCUAUAUGGGCUUACAGGUUGUCAAAACAGACUCACCUGGUACCAACGGCCAUCUCCACCACCACCAUGGCCACCAGAGUCAGCACAGACCCAAUUGCAAUGGAAGUUCAGCCACAGAGAACCAAGGGCAGAGUGGAUCUCUUCAACUACUACAAUAUCCCGGAGGCUUCUCCAGCCUUGGGACAGAGCAUGAGGAUGUGGUCGGUCAUGAUCAGGCUGGCAGUACAGCUUCCAGUCAGGCCAGUAGUGCUGACACCAGAUCAGAUGGCUUAAUCAAGCCUGGGGAUCACCUGCAGACCUGCGCAGGAGGCAACACAGAGGGCGGAGGAACAGAGCACUAUCUGCAGCAAAGUUCUGAUAAUGGAGUAAGCAAUGAAGCUGUGGCUCUCAGGAAUGGUAAUUCCAGCGACAGCACUAAUGGCCAGCAGCAGCUGCAGCCUAUUCUUCAGGGGGCUGGGCUGGUACAGGGGCUCUACAAUACAGUGGGGACCCACCAGGGUCUAAGCGGAGCUGGAUCUGGUAGUACUGGAGGCACCGGCAUGGAAAUCAGCCUGGAUCACUUUGACAUCUCCUUCGGCAACCAGUUCUCUGACCUCAUCAAUGACUUCAUUUCAGUGGAUGGAGGAGUCACUGCUGUGGGCUCUGGUGGGGCACUGUAUGCCCACCAGCUGGUUGCACCACCUGGCUCAGAUGGGCAGGCAGCCUCAGGAGUAAACCAGCAGCAGGGCCAGGGGGAUGGGAACAACAGAGCAACAGGAUACAGCACUUCUGAUCUCUGCCUCCAGCCUUGCUGCAGUCCCCAGGGUCUAGGUGGUGGAACGGCUGGUGCAGGGGCCUCCGGGGACACAGGCUCGCUUUCCUACAUGCAUGUAGCUGAUGUUGUGUCAGCAGCAGUGGCGCAGGGCACACUGGGUAUGCUGCAGGCCACAGGGAGGCUCUUUAUGGUGACUGACUACUCUCCAGAAUGGUCCUAUCCAGAGGGUGGGGUUAAGGUGCUGAUCACUGGCCCGUGGCAAGAGGCUAACAGUCAGUACAGCUGUCUGUUUGAUCAGAUCUCUGUCCCUGCUUCUCUGAUCCAGCCCGGAGUCCUGCGUUGUUAUUGCCCUGCCCAUGACACAGGGCUGGUGACUCUGCAGGUGGCAGUCAGUAAUCAGAUCAUCUCCAACUCAGUGGUGUUUGAGUACAAGGCCCGUGCACUGCCCUCUCUGCCUUCAUCCCAGCACGACUGGCUCUCUCUGGACGAUAACCAGUUCAGAAUGUCCAUCCUGGAGCGGCUUGAGCAGAUGGAGCGCAGGAUGGCCGAGAUGGCCGGUCAGCAGCAGCAACAAAGCAAUGGAGCAACUGGAGGAGCAGGAGCAGGGGGAGGAGGAGGAGCAGGGGGAGGUGGAAAUGGAGGGAACAGCAGUAGCAGCCAGUCUCAGUGUCUGUCAGGCCAGGGACAGGCGGGCAGUUCGUUUGAGAGCCGUGUGGUGGUCGUGUGUGAGAAGAUGAUGAACCGUGCGUGCUGGGCCAAAUCCAAACACCUGAUCCACUCUAAAACCUUCCGGGGAAUGACCCUGCUGCACCUUGCUGCUGGACAAGGCUACGCCACGCUCAUCAAAACUCUCAUCAAGUGGCGCACUAAGCAUGCAGAUAGCAUUGAUCUGGAGCUUGAGGUGGACCCACUUAACGUUGACCACUUCUCUUGUACACCCUUGAUGUGGGCCUGUGCUCUGGGUCACCUCGAAGCAGCCGUGGUUCUGUACAAAUGGGACCGCAGAGCUCUGACCAUCCCAGACUCUCUGGGCCGCCUACCUCUGUCCAUCGCUCGCUCUCGAGGCCACACCAAACUGGCUGAGUGUCUGGAGCAGCUCCAGAGAGAGGAGCAGCCGCAGCCUCCCUCCACCCACAUGGCCUUCUCUCCUAACUCUGAUGCUCCCUCCUCCGACAGCUGGAUGGUCAGCUGGACCAGUGAUAGCAUGGUGACCCCCAGCAGCCACAAGAGUGGUGCAGCCAUCACCGCUACCACUAACCCCUCCAGCAACAUCACUCCUGACUUGAGACGCCCCAGAUCCGAGCCUUCCAGCUACUACAGCAGCGAGUGCCAGCGGGAUCUCCCUGCAGCUAAAAAACACAAACCGAACCCAGAAGCGGCUCAGACACGGCCGAAUAAAGCCGCCUCGGUUCCCUUGAGCCUGGAGCACCAGCAGCUCCACAAGCUCUCCACCAACCCAAACACACUCCCUGCAGAAACACCCAGUGCUGAGCAAAACACAGCUGCUGAAGGCACCAAAACCGGUGGCAUCUCACAAGCCAAGUUGAGCUCGUUUCGCACAGGGGGACAUAAGUGGAGCUCCAGGGAGGUGUACAGAAAAGUAUCUGGAGGAGGUGGAGGAAGCAGCUUGGGGAAGGAGAAGCUGGCGACCAGGCUGCGUCAGCGAGGAGAGAACCUCAGCAUGAUGACCAUGACUGACAGAGAGAUUGUGGACACUGAGCUGCUCACCUAUAAGGAGGACUUGGAGAACCAGGACUGUCUUUCACACAUGGAAGACCUGCAGGCAAACAUGAUGACCUUGGCGGAGCACAUAAUCGAGGCGACGCCAGAGCGCAUUAAGAGGGAGAACUUCUCAGCUGUGGAGUCUGUUCCUCUGGACAGCAGCGGACUGAGCAGCACCAUGAGCUGGCUGGCUACUUACCUGGGAGACGUGGAGCAGCUGCCCAGCAUCAUCCACCUGAGGUCUCUAUAUAGUGAACCCCUUACCCCCAACCCGGGUCUGAGUCCAGACAGUUCCCCUCAGUGUGACAGUCCAUUUGAGAAGGGUGCUCUGCCCUCCCCGGCCAACUGGGCCGAGUUCCUGAACGCUUCCAACAGCAAGAUGGAGCGAGAGCUGUCUCAGCUCACCCUUACCGACCUGGAGCAGAGGGAGCUGUACGAGGCCGCUCGGCUGGUACAGAGCGCCUUCCGCAAGUACAAGGAACGCCCACUGCGUGAGCAACAGGAAGUAGCAGCUGCUGUCAUUCAGCGCUGUUACAGAAAAUACAAACAGCUAACAUGGAUAGCAUUGAAGUAUGCACUUUAUAAGAAGAUGACGCAGGCUGCCAUCCUUAUCCAGAGUAAGUUCCGGAGUUACCACGAGCAGAAGAAGUUCCAGCAGAGUCGACGGGCGGCCGUGCUGAUCCAGCAAUACUACCGCAGCUACAGAGAGUUCCGUCAGCUCCGGCCUCACAGACGCACCGCCACCUCGGCUCUGGUGCAGCACAAGCUCAGAAGUAGUUUGCUCACUAAGAGACAGGAGCAGGCUGCCCGCAAGAUCAUGCGAUACCUCCGCCGCUGCCGUCACAGCCCCUUGAUGGACCAUAGACUGUUCUUGCGGGUGAGUGCAGCCUCAGCAACCCAAGUGAGAGAAUUGAGAAAGGCCAGGGAACAUGAGAAUAUCCAGAAAAGCCCCCUCACAAUGUGACGUCCCUCUCCAGACUUCUUUUCCUGUUUUUUCUGUUUCAACCAGACCUUUUACAAGAGGGGGGAAAAAAUGAAUUCAAGCGGGAAGAGUACAACUCUAUACAGAACUACACAGAACUACAGACUUCUGCUAUUAUACAACACCACUUUUUCAUAUAUCUUUCUUCCUUCUGUCUUUCUUUUAUAAGAGAAAGCUGACUUUAAGAGUGGAUUUGGAAAAAAAAAACUCGAAGUGAGGAUGUGAUUGGAGGAAGAACAUUUGCUUCAUGGCAUUUUUUGCACUUUUUCAUGCAUUUGGUUUGUUAUUUUGAAGCGCAGUGAAAAGAAAAGGAAAAGAUGUUGGAACAGUGCGACUCUUCAGAGGAUCACAGAGAGAAGACAGAAUGGGUGGAAAGACUGGAAAAAAUAUGGAAUCGAUGCAGAAACCUGGCAGGUCCUGGCUAAUACAUUGUUUGAAUAAAUUAAAUUGAAUACAUUUAAAUAAAAAGGUUGCAGCCCAUUAUAUUAGUGACAAGAUGGGACAGUCUGUGAAUGUGGAGGUGAGGCUAAAAAAAAGGAUAUCUAACAUUUCAAUUAAUGUUAUUCAUCCUUUUAAAUUCCAUAGUAAUCUGUGCUUGAAUUGGACCAGUGCAAAAUCAGUGCAAACAUAAAAUCAUUGUCUCUGGGAAAUACAUUAUGUCUGUGUUCAUCGAUUUAUUUUUAACCCCCAGUGAAUGUAAUGAAAAUGAUGAUGUUCCUAUUGGGCAAUUUGCUAUGGACCUGUUCAUUAUGUAAAUGUUUUUGGAGAAACAAAUUGCCUCAUUUUGGUUAGUAGUAGUCAUUGAUGAUGCUCUUAUUCUGUUCAAAUGACCUUCAUUGGCUCUUUAGGCCUUUAAAGGGAAGUUCACAGACAUUGCCUUGAUAUCUUAGAGAUUCUCUGAAGGGUCCCUAAGCUAGCCCUCUCAGCAGGGGUUGGGAAAAAUCCAUAUUUUUGACGACUGAGCGGUUUCUGUACAUAAAGAAGGUCGAUGGAACAGUAUGUGAAGUAAAAAAAAAAAAACAUUUAUCUGAACAGGACUGUAUUUUAGAAAUAUAUUAUUUUAUUCAUUAUACGGGGUCAAAACAGGAAGUCGAAAUCUGAAUAUUUGUAUAGUUUUGUUUGAAUGCCUAUUAAGUAUGGUUGUAUUGUUUGUACAUAUUGUAAAUACUCUGGGAUAAGAUGAGCUACAUGCAUGAAAAUCAAAGAUACAGAAAAAAAAGAUGAUUUAAAAAAAACAAAAAAAAAAACCAACAUUAGUGGCUAUGCUCUGUAAAACUUUCACUAUAAGAAUAUUUUAUUUUAUUUUGAAUGUUCUUGAGAAAAACAUUUUGCUAAAGCAUGACCUUACUGCAGAUAUGAAAAAUACCAUACUUAUGAGGUAGAAGAAAACAACAAGCAUUAUCAUUAGACAAAAACGGUUACGUUUACAUCUGUUUGGUUCACGGGCUACCAAGAGUCUUUUUCUCCACUGGUGCUGACUGCUUAAUGAGAAAAAAUACGUUCAUCCUCGCUGAGCAGAAGACAAGGCAGUGAAAUGGGAGAACAUUAACCUUCAUUAUUUCAUCCCCACUGACCAGUGAAUACAAGAAGUGCCAGAGAGGAGAGGAUUUCCUAAGUAGCCUUUUAAUCUCCCAAAUUUCUAUUGUUUCUCAUAGUGUAAAUUCAAAACACGAAGACGUUUUAAAUCUUGUCUAUGUUUGUGACCAUCUGUAUACAAAGUGACCAGGUUAUAUAUUAUAAGGCUGCUCAUUUUUCAAUUUAAAAAUGCAACACUGACGGAAAAAGCGGUGAUAGCUAAAGACUGGCAAGUCUUUCCUGCAUGAUGUGACUGAACAUUUUGGUGCUAACAACUAUGAUGUAACAGGAUAAUGAGAAGAAACGCUUGACCAAUGUUACGCUUUGGCACUGAACCAGCUGUUUGCACAUUUAGGCAGUAAAGUAGCUUAUGUCACAUGUUCUAGCGGCUUUGGAAGCGCAUCACUUCCUGAGCGUGUAUUUAGGGUCCAACCGUUAACAGGCUGCACUUGAAAUAAGUUGAAAAUGAAAACUAAUGGCACACAAAUGGAUUUUUAAAUAAUGUCAUGAGUCGAUUUACUUUUCCAUUAGUUUCUAAUUUACUGUUUAAGUCGUGCCAUAAUGUGGUUUGUCAUCUACAGCUGUUUGUAAAGUGUUUUUCUGUUUUUGUUUGGUUUUUUGAUUGUUGUUGUUUUAUUAAUAUCUUUCAAAGUGUGAACUGUUCAGAGUGUUCAUGUGGGAAGUGCCUAAUCACAGCAAAUUUCACUCAGCAUGCAAUGUAACAAACUGGACUAACUGACUAUUUGGACAAUGUAAAAGUGACUCUCCUUCAUGCUGAUU